AAAAUAAACUCUACAAUUCAAUGGUAAAACGUCCGGGUCAGUGACUUGGACGGUGGUUUGGUAUUAUAAAGAGAGUUGCAGACAUAAUGGUCUGGAAGAAGAAAAUAUAGAAUUAUUGUUGUUGUUAAAGAUGAAGAUGCCGUCAAACGAGGAGGAGCUCCAGAUUUGCGUUCCGCCAUUGUUCAAAUGCCCGAUUUCGCUGGAACUAAUGACGGAUCCCGUCAGCCUGUGCACGGGAGUCACAUACGACAGGCCGUCAAUCGAAAAAUGGUUUGAACAGGGCAAUAAUACAUGUCCUGCAACAGCUCAGCUUGUGCAGACACAGGACCUUAUUCCAAACCACACGCUUCGGGGGCUUAUACACAAAUGGUGUUUUAGCGCCGAUUCGAAAUUACACACCCCGGAGCCCCUUGCGGAGCCCGCUACGGUGCGUCAAAUGGUGCAAAAUAUCGACGAGCGGAGCUCGUCCAGAAUUGACGCGCUCCGAAGCGUCAAAAAUCUGGCAAAUUUCGAGAGAAACAGAAGAUGCCUGAAAUCCGAGGGCGCUUUAGGGGCUCUGAUUCGGGUGCUCCAACAGUUCCGUUCUGAAGAUGACGGAGACGCCGCACAAGAAGCUGUCGCCGCCAUUGUUGCUUUUCCUGUAGAGGAAGUUAAUGCGAGGAAAGAGCUCAGCAGAGCUCCUGCGAUUCGAACCCUGGAAUGGGUGCUCGUUAAGGGGAAUUUGGAGUCGAGAAUAAGUACCGCGAGCUUGGUGGAAUCCCUGGCUAAUGCGGAUAAAUCCGCUGCGAAAGAAAUUGGGUCCAUUGAUGGAAUAACCGAUGGUCUUUUGAGUCUUUUUCAGCAGAAUCUCAUGUGUCCUGCCGCUGUCAGGAGUGGUCUCAAGGCGUUGCUUCCUCUGUGUGGUGUGGUUAAAAACAGGGCUACAAUAGCGAAUACUGAGGGCGCUGUUGCGGCUUUGAUUGAGCUCCUUCCUGGUGCUGAUAGAUCAAUGGCUGAGAUUUCUUUGGCUAUUUUGGAGGCUCUUUCUACGACAUCUGAAGGGCGUUGCUCCAUUGUUGCGCAUGCUCUGGCCGUGCCCACUGUUGUUAGAACUUUGCUUGUUGUUUCGGAUAAUGCUACUGAUUAUGGUGUGAGGAUUUUAUUGGCGAUCUGUUUUAAUUGUGGUGAAGAAGAGAUGCUCAGAGAAAUUGUGGAGAUGGGUACUUUUGAGAAGUUGCUGGUGGUGUUGCAGAUGGAGUGCGGGCAGAGAACGAAGCAUUAUGCUAAUCAGCUUCUCAGAAUUUUGUCUGCUCUACCAGAAAAUGGGUCGAGUAUGAAUGCGUUUUCUUCCACAGUUUAUGGUUAAUUAAUUCCGCCAUCAAUACGACCAGAAAAACAGAAAGGAAGAAAGUUUACACGUUUUUUAAUCGGCACAUUAAUUGUAACUAUAAUACAACAGUUAUAUUUAUAAAUCUAUCAUCCAGAACGAGUGGAAUAAUUGAACAUGGAAAAUUAUCAAUCCCGGAUUUUCAAAUCUUCCUGCUUACACUUGCAAUUCCGAACGGUUAAUUAAAAUU